AUGGGUUUGAUCAAUAGGAUCAUCCAAAGCCUUGAAGUCACUCAUGAGCCCAGUCUUACGCUCACCAAGCAGCUCAUUACCAACGAUGACUUGAUGCCUGUCGAGCCAGAAAAACGUACAUGGCGCGGAUACAACUACGUUGCCUUCUGGAUGGCCGACAUGUUUAAUAUAAACAUGUGGAUGAUCGUAUCUUCCAUGAUCCAACUAGGAAUGUCGUGGUGGCAAGCCUGGAUAUGCGUCUGGCUAGGUUACGGCAUUGCCACACCGUUCCUUGUCCUGAAUGCGCGUCCUGGGGCCAUUUUCCAUGUGACGUUCCCAAUUGUGAACCGCACGAGUUUCGGAACGUUUGGGAGCCUGUGGUGUGUCUUUAAUCGUGUUGCUAUGGCGUGCAUAUGGUAUGGUGUUCAAGCUAGCAUCGGAGGUUCAUGUGUGCUCGUAAUGCUCAGAGCGAUAUGGCCCAGCAUUAACGAUCUUCCAAAUUCGAUGUCAGUGUCCUCUGGAACGAACACCCGGGAUUUCCUGUGCUUCUUCCUCUUUUGGCUCAUUUCGCUACCCGUUAUUUGGUUCCCCGUGCACAAGGUCCGCCACUUCUUCCUCGCGAUACCCAUUCUAAUGCCCAUAACCUCAAUCGCGUUCCUCAUAUGGUGCAUCGUGAAAGCUCACGGAAUCGGUCCGAUCAUACACCAAUCUUCCACACUGCACGGAUCAAAGCUAGGCUGGGCCAUGGUGGUCAGUUCCAUGUCAUGCAUCGCUAACAAGGUGACGCUGGUCACGAACGCACCGGACUUCGCCUCCCGCGCUCGCACCCCAUCGGCCGCGCUAUACCCGCAACUGUUUGCACUGCCCCUGACUGCAUCGUUUGUGUGUUUGAUUGGAAUUCUCGUGAGCUCGUCAUCGCAGGCAAUUUACGGAACAGCCAUCUGGUCACCUAUCGAUCUUUUGGGAAAUUUCUUGAAUGACAAUCCAUCGAAAGCCACGAGAUUCGGGGUGUGGUUUAUCUCGGGGUCAUUCAUGAUUGCACAGGUAACUUCGCUUGUUUUCUUUGACGUUUGCACGAAUAUCUCUGCGAACUCGGUGUCGGCAGGAUGUGAUCUGACUGCAUUGUUCCCUCGUUUCGUUAACAUCCGACGUGGCGGGUAUAUCGCUGCUACCGUUGGUUUCGCCAUGUGUCCAUGGAACCUUCUGAAAAAUAGUAAUGAGUUCACUUCUUAUCUUUCCGCAUAUUCAGUGUUCCUGAGUUCCAUUGCUGGGGUGAUGGUGACGGAAUACUACAUCAUCCGCAAGGGUCACUACAACGUAAAGGACUUGUACAGUAGCGAGAAGGGCAGCUGGUACUGGUACACGUAUGGGAUAAACUUCCGGGCAUACGCCGCGUAUAUUGCCGGCAUCCUUAUCAACGUUGUCGGUUUUGCUGGAGCUACUGGGCGGACAGUCCCUCUAGCAGCUACCCGGAUAUACGAACUAUCAUUCUUCACGGGCUUUGGGGUUUCUGCAUUCGUCUAUUGGGUUCUGAAUCGUGUUUUCCCAGUGGUCGGCACUGCGGAUACGUUCGAGGAAAUCGACGUUUCUGGAUAUGAAUGUGAGGCAGGUGGUUCACGGGGUAUUGAGGAAAUGAACAUAGACAUGAGGGAUGUCGGAUCAGAGACUGGUGCGAGUGAAAAGUAA